AUGGCUGCGUUGAUGAGCACCAUUAACGUGGCAGUCGUGCUGCCCUGGUUGAUGAUAAUCUCCGCUGGUCUUGACGUACUCCUCUUCUUCAUCGUCAUCAUCUCCGCUCACAGAAUCGAAUCCGCUGAGACAGAAUGCCGAACCAAGUACAAGAACUUCGAGCUCGCUGCAGCGCUCCAACACGACGACAUGCUGCAAACCUCACUCCGCAUACUACAAACCUCCCUUGACGUGCUGCAAGCCUACCUCGAGCGCCUGCAACUAGACGUCAUCAUAGCGAAGGGCCAGAACGAGGCUCUGAGAAGAGAGCGAGGCGACCGCACAGAGGGAUAUGAGGCUCUGAGACACGAUUUCGACCGUCUGCUGCGCGAGUGCAAUCAAAUCUCAGAGGAGCUUAAAGCCGAACUGAGCAAGGUCAGAGCAGAAGAGAGCAACAGUCGGUGGAGAGAACCCACCGUCAUGCAGACUACAGCCGAAGUCUCUCAAAACACAGCUCCUGAGGCACAGAACGGUACGCGACCUCAAGCGGUGGGAACUGAGCGUCGCCUUGCAAGACAGAAGGCAUGGCGAAAGAACCAAGCUCUUUGUAAGGCUCCCGAUUGCUUCGAUUGCCGGUUCCCUCAAGGCUACUGUGCUAGUCAGUAG